AUGCAGCACAAAUGCCGAGCGGCCGCGAGCGAAGACGUCAACAACGCGACGCCAUUGUUACUUCACGCGUACACGCACGACAGUGUCCAAUCAGACUCGACCACCGACGAUCUGCGGAUGAAAAACGCUCCAGAGGAGUGCAAAGUCGUGGUCAAAACCGAGCCAGGUGUCGAGGCGUUGCCGCCGUCGUCGUUGACGGUAGUUUCUAAAAUCAGUACUCUUUGUUUGCAGGGCAAUGGUCCGUCGUUCGAGACCGAGGCUCCUGCAUUCGACUCGGUUCCACGUGCCUUUUCGAAUUCGAAUAGUCAAACCUACGAUACUGACUCAAGUAACACCAUGAGCGACAAUGACCCGGUACCAUUUUUAAAUUCACAACGUGUACCACUCCACGUCGUUUCGACGCACGACAAUUUGUUCGAACUUCAAGAUGGGACAAAAAAAGACGCUGGCCAUGGUGAUGAUAUCCAAGCCCAACCCCCCGUCGCGUUACUUCCGCAUCCACCACCUUUGUCAAUAGACGAGGCAGUGGAUUUUCUGAACCCCUUCUCGUGUCUCACAUCCGAUGAAUACGACGAUAUCGAGUUACAUGGGAAUUUCAAGCACAUGAUGCACAUGUUGAUCCCGUCCAAUGCCACUGCCGCUCUGCUGGAGCGUCGCGGCCAACCGAUUCAAAGCAUUGGCCAGCAAUCCAAUUGCACGCUCUUCAUACGGGACCGCGACUCAUCACCAUUUAAAGAGGACCGUCUGCUCUGCCUUCAAGGAACCGCCAAGUGUAUCAGCUUGGCCCAGCGUCUUGUGAUUGCGUACAUUCGUGCAUUUCGAGCAAAGAAGGGCGAUCCCAACUACAUGGAGCUAUUGACUGGGGAUUCCAAUGUACCACUUGUAGCAGUGACGUCGAUUUCAAAAGCCAUGGACGUUGCAAUGGCUAGUAAAAAGAAAAAUGAAGUGACCAUUACCAACCCGUUUGUCUGGAUGGUUCAACGCGAAGACGUUGGCAAGAUGAUGGGGAGGCAAGGAAGUGUGCUACAAUCGAUCCGUCGGGACACCGGAGCUUCUAUCCGUAUUGAAGACGAGGUCGCUCCUGGCACGACUGAGAGACGAGUGGUGCUGAGUGGAGCGGUGAAAUCCAUUGCGGCAGCAGUGGAAAAGAUCCGAAAGAGAGCGGGUGGGCGCUCGGAAGUGACUGCAAGUGCGACAAACGGUCGACUUGGACGGUACUUUGCUAUUCCGUGUCAUUCUGCCGGUUACCUCAUUGGUCCGCAAGGCUCUACGAUCAAAACCAUUACGGAGCGCACGGGUGCACGCCUGCAAGCUCCUUCGACAGAGGAUCUGCCUCUGGGUAGUAUCAACCGGAUACUUCAUAUCCAAGGCACUCCGAAACAGACCGAGCAUGCGCGACGAGUUGUUAGUGCCAAGUUACGUGAUUAUUUGGCCACUUCCACGAGCCCACAAACUUUGAGUACGGUCUCGACCGGCGCGAAGGGUGACAGGGUCACAAUCAAGGUUCUCCUACCGUCCAGAAUCUGCGGGUUUAUGCUAGCUGGCCGAGGCAAGCUUAUCCGCGAGAUUUCCGAAAAGUCAGGGGCUCAUACGCACUUCUUAGCCGCCCGUGAUGGAGACGGUAACCGGGUUUGCGUUUUUGCUGGCGAUAUGAGCUGCGUACUUCGUGCGCAACGUCUAGUGUUGCAGUUCAUUGCCGGAGAUGUCAUUUCGUCGAAACAGGUCGGUUCACGCCGGAAGCGAAAGCGUCUUCAAGAAGGUGAAGAAAAGGACAGCAAUCAUGACGAAGUGAAGGAAGAGUACGUGGGCAAAGGGGAGUUAUGUCACAAUGGUGAAGUGUACAGAGAAAGCUGCUUUGAUGACGCGUUACGUCUAGCUCAGUUGCAUCCUGUGCGACAACAGCAUGCGCGACGACAGCAAAUUCGCCAUACUCGACGUGAUUGUGUAAAAGGCGAAGAAGAGCGGUACGUAUACGAUGAUGGUAUGGUAUGCGUGGAGCAUCAUCUACGGCAGCCGAUACACCAACGACCGGUUGUCAUUUGUCCCUGUGAAACCUCUGAGGAUGACUACGCUGUCGGUGAGUAUAAUCACAACGAGUGCGGUCGUGAUGACCGUGUGUUGUACGUUGUGCCUCGGCCGCAGGGUUCAACGAGGCUGGCAAUUGUCCGUCGACAGCCUGCUGAUAGGCAUGGACACGAGCAUGAUGACAGUUGCGAAGAAGAUGCCGAUGAACACAGUUCAUCCGAUGACGAUGAAGACGUGCUUGAAGCAGUUAUCGUCGGAAAGCAGGAGCGAAAGCGGCGGCCAAGUAGUAGCCCAUCUAAGAAACCGCGUCCGUCCAUGGCAUGCCCUGGUCGCAAAGUGCAGGUGAUCGUUACAGCUCCACGUUCCCGACAGGAACGACCAAGGAAGAGCUCGACAAGUUCAGGAUACACGACUGGUGCUGGUGUCGUUUGUCUCCGUGACAGUCGCAGAAGAGCACGUCCGAGUAGUGUGUCUCGGAGCGGAAAAGGAUGUGCUCGUCCUGGUACGAAGCAAGGCGGCCGUACGAAUGACAGCAAACGCCGUUGUUAG